AUGACCUUCCUCUCACGCACCAUGAUCAAGCCCCUCAAGAAAGCCUACCUCAAGCUCAAGCGCCUCAAAAAGGCCCUCACCCAUCUCAAACGCCGCCUCUCCCCCUCCCGGCCCACCGAUGAAGACGAGCAACCUCCUCUCCCACCCCAACCACACUACCUCGUCCCCGUCUCCCGCCGCGACGGCUACUUCAUCUGCGCCACCUGCGGCACCGAAAACACGCUCAUCCAUAGCCCCGGCCCAUACCCCUUCGCCUACGUCCGCUGCAUCAGCCCGUACUGCAAGCCCGCCGACCCUUUGGGGCACGUAAUCACCGCUACAGCCGAGACGUCGCGCGUGAUCCAGCGCUUCCCGUCCACGGCCAACGAUCCUAUCCCCGUGCCGCUGCUCACCGGCGUGCUGAAAGCGACGCCGCCGUUCUUCACCGUGUGUCCGGUGUGCGGGCUGAGCCAUCGCGCGCGACGGAUUGGCAUGUAUACGGCGCAGAAGAUGGCGGCGGGAAGGCUGAGGGUGGGGAGGUUGCGCGUGGGAAGGUGGGUGAAGCGGCUGUUUGGGCUGCCUCCUGUUGGGGAUGGAGUGAGUUUUAUUGGGUUUGAACACAUCGUGUGUGCGUGUAAUAAGCAGGCGACGGGUCAGUGGUUGAGGUUUAGCAUCAGGCCUGAUUAUUGCUAUCAUAUUGAUGGAGAUGUGGGCGGGUAUUAUGCUGAGGAGCAGUAUGAGUAG